AAAAAAACAAAGUCCUAUCAGUUGUAACUCUUCUCAUUGAAGCAAAGCCAUGAAAAUGCAGUCCCUUUUUGCUCAAAAAAUGCUAUUGUAUCUAGUUAUUGUGGGACUGUGCAUGAGAAAUGCUUUUGGAGUUGGGGAUUAUGCAAAUAUCAAGAGGAACACUCUGUUGAGUAUCAAGCCCAAAACUCCAACAGGUCGAAACCCAAAGCAUAAUCAUUCUCCACCUCCUGCUAGUAUCAAGAGAUCUGGUCCAUCAGUUUCAGAUGAAGAACCCCAAGCUAUAUACCCACCUCUCUAUCCCAUCAAGCCCAUAACUCCAACAGGUCCAAACCCAAAGCAUAAUGAUUCUCCACCUGGUCCAUCAGUUUCACCCCAUGCUAUAUACCCACCUCUCUAUCCCAUCAAGCCCAUAACUCCAACAGGUCCAAACCCAAAGCAUAAUGAUUCUCCACCUGGUCCAUCAGUUUCACCCCAUGCUAUAUACCCACCUCUCUAUCCCAUCAAGCCCAUAACUCCAACAGGUCCAAACCCAAAGCAUAAUGAGUCUCCACCUGAUCCAUCAGUUUCAGAUGAAGAACCCCAAGCUAUAUACCCACCUCUCUAUCCCAUCAAGCCCAUAACUCCAACAGGUCCAAACCCAAAGCAUAAUGAGUCUCCACCUGAUCCAUCAGUUUCAGAUGAAGAACCCCAAGCUAUAUACCCACCUCUCUAUCCCAUCAAGCCCAUAACUCCAACAGGUCCAAACCCAAAGCAUAAUGAGUCUCCACCUGAUCCAUCAGUUUCAGAUGAAGAACCCCAAGCUAUAUACCCACCUCUCUAUCCCAUCAAGCCCAUAACUCCAACAGGUCCAAACCCAAAGCAUAAUGAGUCUCCACCUGAUCCAUCAGUUUCAGAUGAAGAACCCCAAGCUAUAUACCCACCUCUCUAUCCCAUCAAGCCCAUAACUCCAACAGGUCCAAACCCAAAGCAUAAUCAGUCUCCACCUCCUGCUAGUAUCAAGAGGUUUGGUCCAUCAGUUUCAGAUGAAGAACUCCAUGCUAUAUACCCACCUCUCUAUCCCAUCAAGCCCAUAACUCCAACAGGUCCAAACCCAAAGCAUAAUCAUUCUCCACCUCCUACACGUAGCUACAAUAUCAAAGAGGGGUAAUCCAAGAGGUCCAGACGGACAACAUAAUGGUUCUCCACCUCCUUCUCAUAUCAAGAGGUCUGGCCCUUCAGGUUUGGACCUAGAAUAUCAUGGGCUAGUCUCAACUAGCUAUAAUUAGUGCUUGUAACCAUAGAGAAUUUGUCCCAAAUUCUAAAUAAAUAAAAGAAUUACAUGUUCUUUCAUUCUA